AUGCCAUGUGGGCGGAAUCUCCAAGAUUUGACGACAAUUUCCGCACUAGGAGACAAUGUCAACAAGGAGCUCAGUCCCGCAAAUUUCCCAUCUGUCAAGUUUUGGAGUCGAGCAAAAUGGACACAGCAUGUUCAGACCGAAAAGAGUGUUACCAAGCUCAGCUCAUCCACAAGCAUGCGUGGGUCAUCCAGACUUGCCAAGGGUGAAAACGUAGCUUGCCAAUAUAUUGAAGAUGCCGAUGGGGUGCCCGUGGAUGGCCAUCGCACGAAGAUUAUUUGCAAUGUGUUCUUUGCUUACCUCCAUCAACUCAACCAGGGGAAUCUAAAGCUCCCCCCUGGAUGGUUGCAGGUGGCACUCGACGUCAAGAAAACAUUCUACCACACAAUCAGGAUGAAUUUCAGCGAGUUUCGUUACUGUUCAGACAACUGGAAGGCAGAUUUUCUCGCGACACAAAGCUACUCACAGUGGUACAAGUAUCAUAUCACUAAUGGCAAGAAGCGAGCAAAUGCGGACUCAUCAUCAUCACGCAGCAAGAAGCAAAAAAUCGAGGCAAUUCUACCAGAGGACGCAGAGUUCGAGUAUACUAUGGAUGUGGACAGCCCUACCAGUUCUAGUACCAUUCCCGUCGAGUCUACCAUUCCCAUCGAGCCUAAUACUCCCAGCAUCCCUACCACUGUUCCGGACUCUGUCUCUCUCGACGGCCUUAUAGAUCCUAUGUUGAAAAUGAUUAGUAAUCACAACUCCAUCGAUCUGAGCAAUGCCGUCACGGAGACUACAGCAACGGAUCCAGCCAUUCCCAAACCCACUCAUGUCAACAUGCCUGAGGUCUCAUCAGCUAGCAUUGUUCCUCAGACACCUUUGAGCUCAUCAUCACCACCUAUUCCUGCGACACCACCUAUUCCCGUGACACCACCUAUUCCUGCGACACCAUCAACAUCAUCUAUUAUUGCUGUCACCACAAGUCCUCGUCCGGUGAAAGCAAAGACUCCCGCAGUGCCGAAAGAUCCGAAUGCACCAAAUAAGGCCAAGGCAAUGCGCAUCCAGAAGACAAUUAAUGCACGGAACCUAUGUGCAAGUGUGUGGAAAGCCGCUGGGAACCUGCUGGGCACAGCGAAGCAGUUCAAGGUAUAUUGGGAGCAACUACCCACUGCAGACAAGGCCGUAUUUGAAGUGUGA